AUGAAGCAGGCUGACCUCAGCAAGGAUGACAGCUUUGCCCGUUGCUGUAUCUACACUGUCCUGUUACUGGCUGAUAGAGACCUGGUUCUACGCCUGGAGAAACCCUCAGCUGUACAGGUGGAGUUGUUGACCUCUCUGAAGUCUCUCUAUAAGCAUGUGGAGGUGUCUCAGCUGCCUACUGAGUUUGACGGAUCCUUCCCCUUUUCACACAGCGCCUGGGUCUGCUUCAGAACGAGAGUGGAACAGCUAACCAGUCACUGUGAGGACGCUGUCAACCUCCUGCAGAGUACCAUCACAGGUCUGGAGUCUACUGUCCUGCCAGCUACUGCUGAGGAGGCCCAGGUGUUACUUGCCAGGUACAGGGGUGUGAUGUGCACCGUCCUGGAGGACAGCCGAUUGGCUAGAUUACAGCUGGAGGGCGGAGCCAUCCUGUCCCGCCUCCGUAAAGAGGAAACCAGUGUCAGCCUCAGAGACGACUACAGGCCCCAGGUCGUAGCUGAGGAGACACACAGAGAUCCAGACUCAUUCGGUACCGUUGAUCCCCUACUGAGGAGACACACAGAGAUCCAGACUCAUUCUGAACCGUUGAUCCCCUACUGA